AGCCAGGGAUCGGAAAAAAAAAACCUCGGGCUUGGCGAAGACCAGGAUUACGGUGCGUACGAAGAAAAGACAGCGCAGUAAGGAAGCGAGCCUCACCUCCACAUCGGCCUUAGCAGUAGGGACGCACACACUCUGCGUCAUGGCGGGCUGAGGCCGAUGAUGAAUUCCGGUGUGCACGUCCUGGUUGCUGUGUCACUCGGCCCGCUCGGCGCGCCCCUUCCCUGCAGCCCUCACGCACAGGCUGUCCGGUUCUUCCGGUGUCCGGCCGCCUCUCACUUGCAGGCCCUUCUCCCGUCGCUUUUCGUCGCACACCUGGCCUCCCCAGCGGACUGAUCUCGCCUGGUGCCCGGGCCCGGGUGCCGGACCUACAAGGGCCAUGGCGAGCCAAGCCUCCAGAUACCGGCUGAGCUGCUCGCUCCCGGGCCACGAGCUGGACGUGCGAGGCCUGGUGUGCUGCUUCUAUCCGCCGGGGGCCUUUGUAUCCGUGUCCCGGGACCGCACCACUCGCCUCUGGGUCCCGGACAGUCCUAACAGGGGCUUUACAGAAAUGCACUGUAUGAGUGGCCACUCAAAUUUUGUAUCUUGUGUGUGCAUCAUACCUUCAAGUGACGUGUACCCCCAUGGACUAAUUGCCACUGGAGGAAAUGACCACAAUAUUUGUAUUUACUCACUGGAGAGCCCAGCACCACUUUAUAUACUAAAAGGUCACAAAAAUACUGUAUGUAGUCUUUCAUCUGGAAAAUUUGGGACAUUACUUAGUGGCUCAUGGGACACUACUGCUAAAGUGUGGCUGAAUGACAAAUGCAUGAUGACUUUACAGGGUCAUACAGCUGCAGUGUGGGCAGUAAAGAUCUUACCUGAACAGGGCUUAAUGUUAACUGGAUCUGCAGACAAAACUAUUAAACUGUGGAAAGCUGGAAGAUGUGAGAGGACUUUUUCAGGGCAUGAAGACUGUGUAAGAGGUUUGGCAAUUUUGAGUGAAACAGAAUUUCUUUCCUGUGCAAAUGAUGCCAGUAUUAGAAGGUGGCAAAUCACUGGAGAGUGUCUUGACGUAUAUUAUGGACAUACAAAUUAUAUUUAUAGCAUAUCUGUCUUUCCAAAUUCUAAAGAUUUUGUGACAACAGCAGAAGACAGAUCUUUGAGAAUAUGGAAACAUGGAGAAUGUGCUCAAACAAUCCGACUUCCAGCUCAGUCUAUAUGGUGCUGCUGUGUGCUAGAUAAUGGUGACAUUGUGGUUGGUGCAAGUGAUGGUAUUAUUAGAGUGUUUACAGAAUCAGCGGAUCGGACAGCGAGUGCAGAGGAGAUCAAGGCUUUUGAAAAAGAACUUUCUCAGGCAACCAUUGAUUCCAAAACUGGUGAUUUAGGGGACAUUAAUGCAGAGCAGCUUCCUGGGAGGGAACAUCUGAAUGAACCUGGUACUAGAGAAGGACAGACUCGUCUAAUCAGAGAUGGGGAGAGCGUCGAAGCCUACCAAUGGAGUAUUAGCGAAGGGAGGUGGAUAAAAAUUGGUGAUGUUGUUGGCUCAUCUGGUGCUAAUCAGCAAACAUCUGGAAAAGUUUUAUAUGAAGGGAAAGAAUUUGAUUAUGUUUUCUCAAUUGAUGUCAAUGAAGGUGGACCAUCCUAUAAAUUGCCAUAUAACAUCAGUGAUGAUCCUUGGUUAACUGCAUACAACUUCUUACAGAAGAAUGAUUUGAAUCCCAUGUUUUUGGAUCAAGUGGCAAAAUUUAUUAUUGAUAAUACAAAAGGUCAAAUGUUGGGACUUGGAAACACAAGUUUUUCAGAUCCGUUCACAGGUGGUGGUCGGUAUGUUCCAGGCUCUUCAUCCGAAUCUUCUAAUCUACCGCCUGCAGCAGAUCCUUUUACAGGUGGAGGUCGUUAUGUGCCAGGGUCUGCAGGUGUGGGAACUUCCGUGGCUGGAGCUGAUCCAUUUACAGGGAAUAGUGCCUACCAAUCAGCUGCAUCUAAAACAGUGAAUAUUUAUUUCCCUAAAAAAGAGGCUGUCACUUUUGACCAAGCAAACCCUACACAAAUAAUAGGUAAACUAAAGGAACUUAAUGGAACUGCCCCUGAAGAGAAGAAGUUAACUGAAGAUGACCUGAUAGUUCUUGAGAAGAUACUAUCUCUAAUAUGUAACAGUUCUUCGGAAAAACCCACAGCCCAGCAACUUCAGAUUUUGUGGAAAGCGAUUAAGUGGCCUGAAGAUAUCGUCUUUCCUGCGCUUGACAUUCUUCGAUUGUCAAUUAAGCAUCCCAGUGUGAAUGAGAGCUUCUGCAAUGAAAAGGAAGGGGCUCAGUUCAGCAGUCAUCUUAUCAGUCUUCUGAACCCUAAAGGAAAGCCAGCAAACCAGCUCCUUGCUCUGAGGACUUUUUGCAAUUGUUUUGUUGGCCAGGCAGGACAAAAGCUCAUGAUGUCCCAAAGAGAAUCAUUAAUGUCCCAUGCAAUAGAACUGAAAUCAGGGAGCAAUAAGAACAUCCACAUUGCUCUGGCUACCUUGACCCUGAACUAUUCUGUUUGUUUUCAUAAAGACCAUAACAUUGAAGGGAAAGCUCAAUGCUUGUCAGUAAUUAGCACAGUCUUCGAAGUUGUACAAGACCUAGAAGCCAUUUUUAGACUUCUUGUGGCUCUUGGAACACUGAUCAGUGAUGAUUCAAAUGCUCUACAAUUAGCCAAGUCUUUAGGUGUUGAUUCUCAAAUUAAAAAGUAUGCCUCAGUAUCAGAACCAGCUAAAGUAAGUGAAUGCUGUAGACUUAUCCUAAAUAUGCUGUAACAGUGGGGCGGGGGCUGAGAUUUUAAAUUGAUUAGUGUUUUUUUUUUCCCCUCACAUUUUACAUGACUGAUAACAGAUCAUUUUUAAAAAAUGAUGUGGAUUAAGUAAAAUUUCAGAUCUUGUAAUGUGGGGUGGGGGGGACAAAGGAGAAAUAAAAUUUUUACACUGAUGAACUGUGAGAUUUUCCUGUAUAAUAUGGGUAGAUUUUCAAGAUUUAGAAACAAAUUAAGAAUGAGUUAUAAUCAAUAACACAACUGUAGUGGCAUAAUUUCUCUACUUUAGCCACACAAGAGAAGACAAGUGCUUUUAUUUAUGUAAUGUUUUUACUACUGAAAUACCCCUAGUUAUUAAUUGUUGGUAGUUGUCUUUUAUUGAAUUUCUGCUCUACUCAUUUUCAUUGCUAGGUUCUUUCAACAACACUGAUACAGGGUCUUGUUUUAGAAUGUUUUAAAAAUUAAGUUUAUUGUGAAUAAUUCCAUAUAUUGAAAAGAUAUUAAAUAGCUUAUUUAAGUUAUUUGUAAAUAGAAAGUGAAUUUGUUUGAUGGCUCAUUUUAGAUAAAGUAAAUUACUAAGCUAUGCUAGGUUCGUUAUCAGUUCAGACAGAUGGGAUGCCAAGUUAACUCGAGGCUUAUGAUACAGUUUCUUUUGUCCUUCACUAUUUGAGGUAAUUUCAUUAUUCAUUCCAGUUUUAAAAUUUCAUUGUUUAUUUUUGGUCAUUUCCAUGAUUUUAAAGGGAAUUUGGGAUGCGCUGAAUUUCAGGCAAUUGUGCAAGGAAGAGUACAUCAAACUAUGUUAUUUGCCAAUCCAGAGCCCGUCCUGUGGAAUAAGUAUUUUUUGAGCCCCUAACAUGGUCUAGGUGUUGUGUUAACCAUAAUGCUGUUUAAUUCCUAAACCCUUUAAAUGAAUUGUGAUGCUAUCUCUUUAUUUUCAGAAGUAAAGAUGAUGGGAUGAAUCACAAUAGGAGAGAAAAAGAAAAGUGCAUACAUGCUGUACUUCCUAGAGAAGAGGGGGUCACAAAUUUGUGAACAUCCUAGGAACACAAAAAAGGAACCCUACUAAUUACAUAAUAUAUUGUGUCUGAGAGAACUUGUUAAGUGUAACUUUCUAUUUUAAAAAGUGGAUAAGAUCUUUUCAUAAAGAGGACUUUGCAUAAAACAAUAAGCAAUAUUCUCAUUUUUGUUAUAUAAAACCAUGAAUUUCCUGGCUUUAAUGCCAAAUUGUAGUCAAAGAAGAACAAUUCCCCAAUAGGGGAGGAAAAGAUUCUUAUUGUCUAUAUUAAUCCAAGGAAAAACUUGGAAUGUC